UCCGAAAGUGAAACUUGAACAGUUGGAUCAUAUACAUCACGUUUUAAGGGUUGUGAAAAUGUCAGGACAUGGCCAUAGUCAUGGAUGUGGUGGAUCUGACGACCAUGAUCAUAUUACUGAAGCUGAAAAGGCUGCUGCAUACAGUUUAUUUCUGAAAAUUGAUACUGAGAGAGUUGAAUGUCUGAAUGAAGCUGUUGAUGGAUCUGGAAAAGAUGUUUUCAAACCUUGGGACAAGCGAUUAGAUAAGGAAAAGUUUGUGGAAAGUGAUGCUGAUGAGGAAUUGCUGUUUAACAUACCAUUUACUGGCAGUGUGAAGUUAAAGGGAAUUAUUGUCAUUGGUGGUGAAGAGGACACUCAUCCAAAUCUGAUGAGAAUUUAUAAAAACCGGCCAAAUAUGACCUUUGACACAUGCGGUGCGGAACCUGACCAGAUGUUUGAGUUACAUCCAGAUCCAACAGGAGCCUUAGAAUACAGUACAAAAGUAGCUAGAUUUAAUUCUGUGGAACACCUCUCCAUCCAUUUCCCGACUAAUUUUGGUGCUGACAACACAAAAGUCUACUACAUUGGUCUAAGAGGAGAUUUUACAGAGGUCCAUCGACAUGAAGUAACCAUAUGUAACUACGAGGCCAGAGCUAAUCCAGCUGAUCAUAAAACUAAUAUACUUGACAGUGUUAACCAACAGAUCAGCUGAUCAUGGACCUGUGGGAUAAAUAGAUCUUCCUUUACUUGUGUACAUUCAUACUACAAAGACUUUCGUCUGUGCCUGGUACCGCUCCUGCUCAGAGACUUUUUGUUAAGAUGACAAGUGUAUCUACGUUUUAGUCUUAUAUCAAGUAGCUUCAUUACUUUGUAGCAGACUGAAAACCUAAGCUGCACAAUAUUUAAAGUGGCAUGCAGCUGUUAUCUUGCUUGGUCAAUUUUAGAAAGAUGAUUGUAGAAAUAUUUCUUUUCUGACAUCACAGCUGGUCAUCUUCAUGGCUUCCACUUUCCAUUGUGGUAUAUUGUGCUUGAUAAGCAGAUUUAUUUCAUACUUUCCAAUGAUUCAGUCUGGAGUUACAUUUAGGACUAUAAAAUACAAUGUGGACACUUGUAAGAAUUGGAUUACUGAAAUUUGUUAUCAUGUCUAGGUGGUACUUGCAAAGACAGAUAUUAUUUACUGUAUGUGGUGCUAGUGUUAAUUUCCUUAUAGCUGGAAGUCACACGUGUCAAGAUCACAUUUCAUGUUUUAUUAUGAUACGCGAGAGAUGCAAGGUAUGAAUAAAGGCUGUUUCAAUCAA